AUGUAUUCGCAGCAAAGCUACGGCAUGCAACACAGCCAGCAGGGCUGGAGGACCAGGGAUAUCGUGUUCACCGUUGCGGGCCUUGGGAUUGCCGCGACCAUCGCCACUGUGACUGUGGUGGGCGGCGGAGCGACUCUGCUCUUCUUCUCGCCCGUGCUGCUUUUCUUCUCGCCCAUCCUCGUGCCGCUGCUGCUGCUCGGAGGCGGAGCACUGGCACUGGCCACAGCAGCUGUAGCCACGAUAGCAACGCUCGUGUGGGGAUGGAAUUACUUCCGCGGGAAGCAGCCAUAUGGCUCGGAGCAGGUGGAUCGCUUGACUGGGGAGGUGAAGAACGCUGCUGGUUAUGUCACCCACAAGGUGGCUGAUACAGCCCGGUCCAUUGGAGAGACGGGCUAUGGCACGGCCAGGGACACUGCUGGGACUGCGUAUGGUGCUGCGAGGGACACUGUGACCGGCUCUACUGGGCAGGCAUACAGUGGAGCCAGGAAUACGGCUGCACAGGCUGUGGGUGGUGCUGGUACGAAGCCCACUUCAGCUGCGGCUUAG